GUGAAAAAAGAUUUUCAAGCGCCUGCGUAACAUUGAACAUGGAAUGAUAACUCACACACGUGUUUAUUUUUAUCAUACUGACAGCAUGGGGAAAAAGAACUUCAAAAAGAAGUUAGGUGCCUCACUUGUUGAAAGAAAGAAGAACUUGCAAGAGGCUAGAAAAGAACUUGCAAAGUCUUCAUCUGCAAAGACAAAGAUGCAGUACAGCGCUGACCAGAUACUGGACAAGGUUGAUGAAUACAUUGAUAGUUUCCAGUAUGAACUGGCUCAGAAAUUUUGUCAGCGGGCUUUGGAAAUGGAACCUGACAAUAUCCGGGCCUUGGAAACAGCAGGAAGCUUACUUCUAGAGCUGGGAGACUCAGAAGCUGCAAAGCAGUGCUUUGGUCGAGCUGUGGAAGUUAAUCCUGACACUGGACACAGUAAAUAUAUGUAUCUUGGUCAGCUGUUUGAAGGAGCAGAAGCCAUUCAGUUCUUUCAGAAAGGAAUUGAGUUGAUGGUUAAAGAGCGAGAAGCACAGAGUGCUCAAGAGUUAGCAGCAGCCUGUGGGGGAGAGGAAAAGAUCAGUGGGAGGGACAUCUCUACUGCAUACUGUUCUCUGGCCGAAAUCUACAUGACAGACUGCUGUGAUGAACCUAAUGCUGAAUCAGAGUGUGAGACCGCUAUCAACAAAGCUAUAGAGGCUGAUGGGGAAAACCCCGAGGCCUACCAACUCAAGGCCAGCUUCUAUCUAUCUAAGGAAAAUAAACAGGAGGCUUUAUCCAUGAUAAAAAAAAGUGCAUCACUAUGGUUACCACAUUAUCAAGCUGUUGACCAGGACAAAAUUACAGAUGAAGAAAGUGACCCCGUGGAGGUAGUGCCUCUAUCCUAUGAUGCCAGAGUAACAACAGCCAAAAUAUUGAUAGAAGUAGAAGAAUUUGAGACUGCAGUUACUGUUUUGGAAGGCUUACUGGAUGAGAAUGAAGAUGACCCACAGAUUUGGUAUAUGAUAGGAUGGGCUAAUUAUUUACAAGGGGAGGAUUACAAAUCAAAUGCAAGAUUUUAUCUCAAGAAAUGUAAAGAGGUAUAUGUGAAAACAAAAUAUGAGGAUGAAGGGUUAUUGAAGCACACAGAAGAACUGCUUGCAGAGCUUGGUCCAGGUAAUGAUGAUGAAGAUGAUGAUGCUGAGGGAGAUGGUGAUGAUGUUGAAGACUUGGAAAUUGACAGUGACUCUGAAAGUGAAAGUAACACAAAUAAUGACAGUGAAACAAAAAUGGAACAUUGAUAUGAUUGAUAUGAUUGUCUCAAAUGGUUGACUGGAUCUGUGGAACAUGAUUUAAUGGCUUUUGGGUGCCUAAACUGUUAUAAAACUGCAUGAGGAUUUUUCCUGGAUUUAAUCAUGGAAUUUUACAGUUUGUAAGACAUGUACACAGUGCAUGCAAUAUUUGUUCUUUAUUGUUAUUAUUAAUAAAAUGUUAUUUUAA